AUGCAGCAAACUUGUGGGGGGCGACUGUGGUUUGAUCUGUCCACUGAAGAACGAGUUAAAAUUGCAACGACUGACAGGACUAGCAAAACGGUCUUUGCUCUUACGCGAGAGUCCUACAAUACCCUCGUUAAGCUGAAGUCUGUGCGUAAGUGGACCAACGUUCGACAUGCAAUAGUAACCAAACCCAAGCUCUAUGUGGAAGCCGAUCUCUGUGGCCCAGAGGCGUGCAGUUCAUGUUGGUCGACAUCCGAAGUGAAGUCUCUUGUGCGUUCCUGGUGUCGCUUUAUGAAGAAGUCCAACUGUUCAGUCGGUGCAUUUGUGACUCAAAGCUCUGCUGAGUCUGCAACGUCGUACACCCCGUGGAAUCAUUCAACCGUGAGUGCAUGGCGGAAAUUGAAGCGGAUUGCGACGUCGUACCUGUUUAUUCAAGACUUUAACAAGAGGUAUGCGCCAGCGAAAUGGUUCCAGUUAUCAGACGGAACGCAGAAUAUGUGGCUGGACUGGACUGCCCUUCCCGCAGACUUUGAAGAUAUUUCAAAAGAUGUCUAUGACGAAAUUCGUAGUGUGGACUUCCUUGAUUCAUCUCAAACAAUUGACAAUGACAAGGUCAAUGGGCGUGAGUUCAAUGCUGGACGACAAUUGAAAGCUCUGAGAGAAGAUCAUCUCAUUGGCAACAAUACGCCAAGGCUAAAAAGAGUCCGCACCGAUUCGCCGCAUCUUCCUGAAUCAAAAUGUACGAAAACCCAAAAAGAUUCGAAGCAAACCUCUGACCAGCACAAGGCGUGCAAUGAUCUGUACGAGCACUUGGAGCGACUUCAAGAGAGACAAUUCAAGCAAGCGAUUCAGCGAUUACGGAGUAAUCUUGAGCGAGAUAUACGCGAAAGUACGGACGCGGUACGUGCUGUUCUUUUUGAGCGGCUUGGAGAUCCUGGUGAUAGUGGCGAUGCCACAUUUGUGGCGAAUCUUCUGGACGAUCAGCAACGGCAGCUUCGUGACCGUUUUUUUCAAAUUUCAAAGGGAUGA